CUGACUUCCUUCCUACCUUCCACUCCGUCGCCCUCUCGUUCGCCUGCCCUGGUGGCCGUGGAGUCUCCAGGGCAAGUCCUUCUUUCACGAUCUCUUCCUCUUCGUCACUUCUUCAGUUCCCAGCGAGUCUUCAUUUUGUCAAUCCGGGCAAGUCUUUCUAUCUUGGUUUCUUGUCUUUGGCUGCUUCUCAUGCCAGCAACGAUCCGUAUCUCUUACCUGUCGUUUCCUUCAGUAUUUGGUCAAUUCGGCCCUCCAUUCUUCAUCUCAUCUUUUCAAAAUGGAUGCAGCUGCACUAUUGUGCAACAUCUGCCCCAAACGACCAAACUUCAGUGAUGUAUCUCACCUAUUGACUCACAUUUCGUCCAAGGCACAUCUGUCCCAUUAUUUCAAACUUCAAGUACGCAGCCACCAGGAGUCACAGGCAGGCGAUUUACUCGAUGAAUACGACCAGUGGUACAAGGCCAAUAAUCUGGCCAAGCUACUCUCUGAUCGAAUGGCCUCGAAAGAAGCUCGGAAGAGGAAGUCCCAGGGCAAGAAUUCUUCUCAUGGUACAGCAUACCCCACGAAAAAGGCUACUGGUUAUAAGCCAACACCGGUUGCAACGACGUGCCCUUCCCCCGAGAACUCAUUGACCGACUACCUCGACCCACGACUUUCCGAUACUUACCUGAACGUUGAUUCCGUCCAGACCAACCGGAAUGUAUCCUACUCUGCUAGCUACGUUACUCCGGCUACGUCUUCGAUCACAGACCUUCGGACCCAUCCUCGUCCAGAUUAUAGACUUCCAGUAUCUCCACAGACAACGCUGUCGUACCAAUGGAAACAAGAACGUGAAUUGGACUCUGGAGAUGAAACCAGCAUGAUCCUGCAGGCUACACCUAUAUGGUCUCGAAGAGUGAAUGGAAAAAUUGGCACAAUCUCUCAGUUGCCUCACGGGGACCUUGGCUAUGAUCCUUUUGUUGAUGACAACGAUUCCUUUGACUCUCCGGGCACCGAAGUUGACAAAGAUAGGGCUGACGAAAUUGCAAGACUGAAAGGGGUAUUGUGGCCGGGAAUGGACAUAUUUGACUCCGCUACCGAGCAGAUGAGACGUAAACGUAACCAGAAAAAGGAUCAAAGUAUCCUCGAGAUGAUGGAAAAGACAUCCAUGUGUGUUGAGCCUACGGAGCUGGUUUUCUCUCCCACGGGAAUUCUACGAAAGCAACGUGUGAUCUCUGGUAAUGUCGAGGAUAGCAGUCCUCUGAAAGGAGAGACACCAAUUCCUAAACGCCGACCUGCUCGUCCGAAGCGUGUCCUUUCCCAAGUCGACUCUAACGCUCAACGUGGCCAGGAUAGCAAAAGGGCCAAGAAAAUGACCGGUCUAAGUCUCAGCAGGCAUACAGAACCUCAACGAGGCCUGCAGCUCCCACAGAGUCCUUUGCCCCCUCUGCCACUUCGCUAUGGCAAUGGCUACUACCCCUCCCAUGGAGAUGAUGUUGACGAGCUCUCUAUGACCAUCAAAGGUCUUGAGUCUAGGUCCCGUAGUGGGUUCACUGUGUUUCAUGACGAACCGAAUCAAUACAAGUUGAGCUUCAAGGAAAAUGAUCAUGACGAUGGCCCACGUUUUGCAAUGGGAGACCUUUCUCAUACUGGCUUUUCUCGACGAGACACCUUGGCUUACAAUCCAUUCCAGCCUUCUACCCCCAGCACAUACGCUUCAAACUUUGCUGGAAUGGCAACCCGAAUUCCUGCAGAUAAAGAAAACAUCGAGCCCCUUCUGAACGCCAAUGGUAGAAUUGAUCCUGUCGUUGGCUGGCACUCUCCAGUGAUGAAACGAUGCCCCACUGCUGAUACCGGGUAUCCACCACAAUUUUUCUUCGGAAAUACCCAAUGCUCGGGAUUCAGUCCAUUUGAUGGUCCCUCCAUUCCUUCUGCAUAUUCGUUUAAUCCGUUAGCUGCUUCCUUCCCGAAGCUGCCAGUUGAAGAAUACCCUAUAUAUGACACGGAACCCACUGACGAUCACAAGCCAAAGCCUGCUUCACGCGCCACCUCUGUUGAUGCUACGAUCUCAGAAAUUGAAGAAGACGACUUCGACAGGCUUUAUCUAGAUGGAAGCUCUUACUAGAAUCCAUCCAAACUUGACUUUUGCUUGUUUAUUAUGUUGCUCAGCACUCCGCACAAUAUCCUUAUCCACAUCAUUGUGGUUCGGAGAAAUCAGUGUGCCCGUCAGCUUUAACCUUUGUGUUACAAUUAUAGCCCGCGUGGGACUCCUUUGCCUGCAGGUAUAUAGCUUUUAUGUACUACUUAUUAUACAGCAUGGAUUUUGAUUUCGUUUGGGGCAAGUCUACAAGAUCAGUUCUCGAGGCGAUGGCGAUGGUUACAUCCACUGUUUGAAAACAUUGAGGACACAAGACCAUAGAGUUAGAUUACAACAUUCGCUUUUAGCAUGAAACCAAU